AUGUGGUGGUUGGUGGUGGUGGAGGUGAUCGGAGAUUCGGAUGCCAGAUCUCAAACCCCUGUUUUCUCUCUCUGGCUGUUGAUACGCUUCCCCGAUUGCCUUCGAGCACGGCCUUGUAAACCGUGCCCAAAUUACCCUUCCCGAGCACCUCAGCCGACAGCACGGAGCAAAUCCUCGAGCUCAAAUCGAUUCUUCUCGUCGAAGAAAACGAGCCAGUUUGUAUGCGUGGGGCCCGUGCCUCCUUCGUUAUCUAUAAACCCCUUAUGGCUCAAGUGGCUGCUUCAUUUUCCGCCCUCACUUGCCGCUAGCGAAUUUGUUGAGUCGGUUUUGGUUUUCCGGCAGGAAUAUCGCCACGAGAAGAGCACGAGCAUUAGAAUCGAAAUUAUUGGGGAAGAGGUUGGAUUUGAAUUGGUGGAAUAUGAAGAGCAUUUGGUGGAAUUAAGGCAGAGAGCUUCAUUGCCGGAAAAGCUAGUCAUGCCGAAUAUUGGAUUUGGGGAUUUGGCCGGUGAUUUGGUUCUCUUGGAGAUUGAGGGUUACGAGGCGGGACAGGGCGAAGAGAUUUUGAGGGAGGCGGGACAUGGCGGAGAGGUCGGACGAUCGGGCUAA